AUGGCACCAGCAGCACCGAGCAAUUUAACGGCUGUAGCAGACUGUGCAUCGGUUGUAGCAGAGGCAGCAGUGCAGCUGCUGCCGGCUGUAGCCGAGAUGGGUGUAGCAGGCGUCGUGUACAUGGCCGCUGCGUCCUGCGCUCAGCAUGUUGGCAUGUUGUGCAGAAUCUCCUGCGCCUCGCCCGUGUCCUCCUCUCUCCUCGGUGCUCUCUGCAUCGCUGCUGGCUCCCUUGCCUCCGCGCAGGCGUCACAGGUGGUGCACGCAGCCUUCCACCCGCCUCAGCAAACAUCGACUCACCAGCUAACUCCGCCCUUGAAGACCCAACCACGCCAAGGCAGCAGCAGCGGCAGCAGCAGCAGCAGUCAGCAGCGCACAAGGGGGGCAGCGCAUGGCUUAUGGGGACUGUGUGGCAGUAACAGCGGCAGUAGCAGCAAUGGUAACAGCAUCGGUAACAGCGGCAGUAGCAGCAGCAGGGGGGACAGAAACAGCAGCAGCGGUACGGACAGACCCACAGGGCUGCGAGAGCUAAGAGAAGGGAUGGAGAGGGCGCAGAAGGGCUUGGCAGGCAUGAGAAGGCGGGCGGCGGAUGAGCUGGCACACCAUGAUUGGUUGAGUCUUUCCAGCAUUGGCCAGUGGCCUAGCAUGUCCCCGCGGCAAGCAGCAGCGCAUGUGGUGGUGGGACUGCUGGCGUUCAAGAUGCUAGGUGGUCGCUUUUGCAACCUCAUGCCCAGCGACGUGCAAAAACGAGGUGCUUUUGUCUCCUUCUCCCUGCCAGCAAAGGGCAGCAAGUACGCAACGGGGAACUCAAGAGGUCUCAUCAAAGACCUCUUCCAUCGCUACGGCUGCCACCACUGCGGCACAAGGCGGGGAGAAUGCAUAGCAGACCACAUCCCCACCAACAGGGACGUGCAUGGGGCCAGAUGGCUCAAGCGCUCCAAGCAGACCAACUCUCCACCUACCUCCUCCACAUCUGCUCCUACUACCACUGCUACCACUGCCGCAACUGCAACCAUCACAACCACUGCAAGCACGGCAACCACAGCAGCCACUCCUGCCUUGGAAGCUUCUAAGAACCCUACAUCCUGGCCUGCCAGGAUUAUGCCCCUCGGCUUACUGCGAAUGUUCCGUCCUUCCACAUCAGUCGAAGGAGCAGGAGCAGCAGCAGGCGGAGGAGCAAACACCGCAGCCCAUGCCAAACAGGCUCGGGCCAAGCCUGCUGCCAAGUCUGGGCGCAUGCCCCGGGUUUCGUCCGCUUCCACUUCGUCUUCCUCCCGCCUCUCUAGAUCUCCCACUAUGAAGCAUCGAGCACCUAGUGUUCAACGCUCCCCCAGUUUGAGGCGCCAGGGAAGCACAAGGAGGCCAGGAACAGACACUGGAAAUCCAGGCGUCGGCGAGGGGAAGGUGGAGGAUGGGGCGGGAGGAAGGGUAAAACGAGGGACAGAAGGGGCAAAGCAGGGUGCUGAGGAAGGGAGUUCAGGGGCUGCUGCUAAGGAAGGGGUUUUCGGAUGGCUUGGGCUGGGUCCUGGUCAGGCAGGGCAUGGAGUGAGGGAGUCGCAGAGGCAGCGGCUGUACCCGCAGUGUGCUGAGUGCUCCGGAAAGCAGUCUGCUGCCGUGCGCAAUCAGCGCCGUACGCUCGUGCUGCACCGACGGUCAGGAUGGCCUCUGCCGUGCCUCUUUGGUGGAUUCUUCAUCCAUCCACAACUGAUGGCUCAAGGGCAGGAGACAAUUGAUACUAUGACUGGUAAAGGAUAG